GUACGUUCCAAACCCAGGGUAGCCUUGAUCAGUGCCGCAGUGUGUCUGUGUAUGCUUAUGUCGUUGUCGUUGGGUUUUUAACAUUGUCGGUGGUGCAGAGGGAAAAUAGUUUUACUUUCACGCAACGAUGGCCUCAGAUUCGGGCUACGGUCAGCCUGGAGCGCAACAAAGCUAUGGUUCUUAUGGAACUCCUGGCUACCAACAGGGAGGACAGCAGGCCUAUGGACAAGGAAACGGGGCCGGAUCCUACGGUGGACAGAGUUAUCCUGGCUAUGGUCAGGCAGAUGCUUCUUCGUACGGUCAGCAGCCUCAGGGCUACCCCCCAGCUGCAGGCUACGGACAGCAGCAGCAGCAGCAGCCGCCCAGCUAUGACUCCUAUGGCCAGCCAGCGGGGGGCGCCGCCGACGCAGCUGCAGGGUAUGGUGGUGACAAGUCCUACGGCCAGCCUGCGAGCGGAGCCUACGGCCAGCCUGCCGCGGCGGGAGGUUACGGUCAGCCGCCGCCGGCGUCGGGCAACAGCUACGGGCAGCAGGGGGGGUACGGGGGCCAGCAGUCCGGGGGGUACGGAGGAGGACAGGCAGAGGGAGGAUACGGACGCAGGAACGAGGGUGGUGAGAGCAGGGGGCGGUACGGUGGUGAUGACGGUGGCUCUGACCGCUCGGAGGGUGGAGGCUACAGAGGGAGGGGUCGUGGCGGCGGCGGCGGUGGUUACGAGCGUGGCGGUUACGAGCGAGGUGGCGGCGGCGGCGGCGGAUACGAUCGCAGCAGCAGCGGAGGAGGAGGAGGGUAUGAGCGUGGCGGAUAUGACCGGGGAGGCAGAGGAGGCGGAGCCCCGUCUGGCAUGGGAGGUGGUGACCGUGGUGGCUACAAAAAUUUCGGUGGCUCCAGAGACUACAGCCAAAGGGAUGAAUCUGGUGGUGGAGGUGGUGAGCAGGAUAACUCUGACAACAACACCAUCUUUGUUCAGGGUCUUGGGGAAGACGUCACCACUCAGGAAGUGGCCGACUACUUCAAGCAGAUCGGCAUCAUCAAGGUGAAUAAGAAGACGGGUCUGCCCAUGAUCAACCUGUACACAGACAAGGCGACCGGCAAGCUGAAAGGAGAAGCCACCGUGUCCUUCGACGACCCCCCCUCAGCCAAAGCAGCCAUAGACUGGUUCGACGGAAAGGAGUUCCAAGGUAAGCCCAUCAAGGUGUCGUUCGCCACGCGCAGGGCAGAGUUCGCUCAGGGAGGAAGAGGAGGCCGAGGAGGAGGAGGAGGAGGAGGAGGAGGACGAGGAGGAGGGUUCAGAGGUCGCGGAGGUGGCGGCUUCGGGGGCGGCGGCCCCAACUUUGACGUGAAGGGAGGAGACUGGCCCUGCCCCAACAGCUCCUGUGGUAACAUGAACUUUGCGCGUCGUCAGGAGUGUAACAAGUGUGGCGCACCCAAGCCUGGGGACAGCUUUGGAGGAGGAGAGCGUGGUGGGCGUGGAGGUUUCGGAGGCGAUCGGGGCGGUGGUUUCCGUGGUCGUGGGGGCGGCGGCUUCAGGGGGGGAGACCGGGGCGGCUACGGAGGAGACCGCGGGGGAUACGGAGGAGGAGGAGGAGGAGGAUACAAGAUGGGAGGAAGAGGGGACCGGGAAGGCAGAAGAGACCGGCCGUACUAGAGCGUCUCCCAGACUCCUCCUGUCUUCGUUGCCAUGGCGUCAGGGAUGGCCUCAUGGAUGAGGG